CGAAUCGGAAGGGUUGGGGAUGAACUCUGUUCCCCCGGCCAUGUUAUUACGAGCCACUUGACUUGUGCUACUCGACUUCGAGCGUAUUAAAGACCAAGAUACCCCUCUUUCUUCAUUUCUGGCUGACGUUUCCCUCCUCUGAAAUAACACUUUGCUUCCAUCAUCUCGCAACAUCAAAGCUGAAAAAAAAAGUGCUCCGAGGAUCUUGUAUCAUUGAUCAAACGUAUAAACCAUGGCGCCAACAGCUAGUGAAAGGGCCCAGGCCAAGUUCUUUGCCGUGAUCGAGGAUCCUCGAAGAUACGACUCGUCGAACUUCAAGAACAGAGUCAUGAUCACGCGAACACCUUCCGGGGGUUCCGAGCUAACCAACAUUGUUAGUCGGCCGCCGCCGCGUCGGGGUAGCUCCAGCAGCCAGGGCUCUGUCGUCGAGCAUCACACUAUAAGGAGCAGAAUCAAGACUUGGAUGUAUCCUCGAGCUGUUUAGUCCCUAUGUGGUGUCAAGUCGAUUUGGGUGAUCAACGUGUAGUAAACUUUGCUCGGCAUACUGCUUUUGAAAGGAAAGCAGCAAAUAAAAACAAGUCUUCAUUUGAGAUGGCUGUUGUCUCGGCCCCAAUAGAACCCACUCCCAGGCUUCUCCGGCCCUAACAAGUACUUCACAAGACACGAAGUUUGCUGUGUUAAGUUUCUGCCCACUACUUGGACUUUUGUAGACCCAUAGUUAAUACAAUUGCGAGA